UAAUUUGCUUGACUUUGAAAAGCUAGCAUUUAAUAGUUUCUUAAUGAGAAAGUAACGAACCAUCCUUCAUUGAACUGAGGAGAGAAAGAUUACAAGAACUGUACUUUUUUCACCCUGCAACGCUCAAUUCCACACACAAGUAACAGCCAAACCCAAUGGAUCUCCGUGAAUCGAUUGGGAACCAAACCGACGUAGCAUUGAGCCUCUCCAAGCAAAUCCUCUUAACCGAAUCCAACAACUCCAACUUGGUGUUCUCGCCGCUGUCAAUUGAGGUGCUGCUCAGUCUCAUCGCCUCCGGGUCCAAGGGCAGCACCCUUGAGCAGUUGCUCUCCUUCCUCAAGUCCAAGUCCAGCGAUCACCUCAGCUCCUUCUCCUCAUUGGCGGUUGUUCUCGCCGACGGGAGCGCCAGUGGUGGGCCACGAUUGAAGUUCGCCAAUGGCGUUUGGGUGGAUAGCUCACUCUCUCUUAAGCCUUCUUUCAAACAGGUUGUGGGCAGCACCUAUAAGGCUGCGACUAAUCAAGUUGAUUUCCAAACCAAGUUAUUGAUGUUCCAAGUAGAUGCUAAUAGCCUUAAUCUAUUUCAAAGGAGCUUGGAAUGAGAAGUUUGAUGCAUCAACCACAAAA